AUGCCGCCAGAUCCCUCACAUGCACGGGACGGAGCCGUCGGCCGUCUGUCGACUUCAUCGUCGCCUUCGCCCUCGAUAACCGUCACGACGCCUGCUGCAGAAGGAAUGACUGCUUCUGCUGCAAGUCCUGGAGCAUCUACCGACGCUUCCCGCGACCCCGUUGCUGCCACAUCUCCCGUGGCUUCGUCGACCUCGCUCAAGUCCGCUUCGUCAUCCACUCCUUCGCGCCCGAGCCUCCUAUCGCGAUUCAGCUUGCCCUUGCAGUUGCCACUCCCCCUUCGCAGCAGAAACCGCAACGUCGUUGACUUUCACAUCCGCCCUGACGAGCCACAUAAGAAAUAUGCUGCGGGAGAUUCCGUGCGCGGCGCAGUUGUUCUCGUUGUGGUCAAGCCCUUACGCAUCACUCAUCUUGUCGUCUCUUUGCAUGGCUAUGUGCGAGUUCUGAAGGAUCCCACGUCCGUGGCCAAGGCGCAGAGCGUCACUACCCUGCCUCCGCCGGGCAGUUCACGGCGGCCACAAUACCAGGGUAAUGGAUUAAUUAGUUUGUUUCAAGAUGAACAGGUCCUCAGUGGUGAGGGGAGGAUAGAGCCCGGCAAGUAUGAAUUUGGGUUCGACUUGGUUUUCCCGGAUAAGGGACUACCUAGCAGUAUUGACUUUGAGCGGGGGACUAUUUCAUACAGCGUUACUGCCACAUUAACCAGGCCAACCAGCAUUGCUCCUACAUCAACAUGCGAGAGAAAGGUUACUCUUGUCCAGCAAAUAGACGUCGGGUUGCUUGCGCCACCACGGUCAAGAACCAUUUUCUUGGAGCCAAUUUCGAAACGUACGCGGAGGAAAAAGUCGGCAAUCCAUGAUAAACCAUCCGGGUCUGCUUCACAUGAGAUUAAUGACGUUGCUUCCGAAGCAGACUCAUCAGUCAUCACUGAAGACUCUACUCGUGGUGACAACGCGCAAACUACGCCGAUGGAAACUCGUGCAGGAUCUGCUCCGAGCGACAUGCACAGCGAAAUCAGCGGUGAGAGUGGACGGAGCGUCAGCACAGCUAGCAGAGCCGAGUUCACUCAACUGUCACACGUUGGUUCUACACUUACCUCGGCAGCCAAACAACAAGUUGUGGAUGACAAGACCAUCACGGCAACAGUUGAGUUGCUCAAAGGUGGCUGCCUCCCCGGUGAUACGGUGUCCGUACGAGUUACCGUACAACAUAUAAAGAGAGUCAAGAGCAUGACUGGUGUGAUUGCCACUCUCUUUCGACAGGGAAAGAUUGAUACAAAUCCACCGGCUGCCCUGGUAGCCCAAGGCAUCAAUUCAGCGAAAAGGCUGCACAAAGACGACCCGUAUCCAAAGUCACGGACCGGAUUGGGAGGGUUAACCUUGUCGUCAAGUGGCUCCACGAGCGUGUUUCGCAAGGAUUUGGAUCAGAAUGCUGCACCGCUCAUUAUCGAUCCUGCAACACUGCAGGCUUCUGUUACGAUAUCCGUGAGGCUCCCCGAUGAUGCAUUCCCGACGAUAAGAGGCGUUCCAGGCGACAUGAUAAGCUUCAAAUACCAAGUUGAAGUCAUAGUGGACUUGGGCGGCAGAUUGUCUACUCAACUUGGGGUUGGAUCCUCAAAAUCGAGGUUUGGUACAUCAAGUGGCAACAACACAGAGUCAAACCAAAGCUCAUUUGGCCCUCAAAGGGGUUCCAACAUCGCAGAUACCUCUCAAGUACGUCGAGAAAAGGGCAUCAUAUCACUAUCUUUUGAAACAGUGGUCGGAACUAUAGACAGCUCGAAAGCAAGGCAGUCUGCCAAGCCAGUCACAAAACAACGGACCAUUAGGAUUGCUGAGGGCGAUGAAGAUGAAAUCAUCCGGCCCGAAGUUCCAUCUCACAAUAGUCCUCAUCAUCCCCCCAACUCAAUACUCGCCAACGGCCAGUCUCAGUUAUCACCACCCAACGGCCAGCUUGACUACACCAACCCGCCGCCACACCCUGCUGAUGCGACAUCUCAGCCAUGGCCUGCAGGAGGGUCAUCACGAGAAUAUCCCCAGACAAACGGCCACCACCCCCAGGCCGCUCCCUCCUACAUCCCUCCACCUGAAGUACCCGACCAGACCAACAUGACUGAGAAGGAAAGAAUACGACAAGCUGAAACACAGCUCCUACCAAGCCAACCGCCAGCCGGUCCCUCGACACCUGGACAAGAAGACGAAGAUAUCUAUGACGCAGAAGAUACCCCGCGUAUACCGGCCGCCGCGCCGGUUGUACCCUCUGCGCCCACGGAGGACGAAGUUACUGAAGGUCGUCCAACGGAGGAUAAACAAGAACUGGAGCGUCGCAGAUUGAUGGACGAAGCCAGUGCGCCCCCAGAGUUCCCGGAAGAUAUGGACCGACCCAGGGGUAGCUCAUCGGCAGAUGCCGCCAAUGAAGCCACAGCCCCCAACCUCGACGACGCAGACGAGUAUCCUGGAUAUGGCGUGGGCGCAGGUUCAUCUAGGGCCGGUGGUGCACAUGCCGAACAACUACCUGCGUAUCACAAGUAA